UGAAUGCUAGUAAAGUUGAAAGAAAACAAUACUUUUAUGUUGGUGAAGAUGGAAGACUCACAUGUAACGUCUUUGGAAGUCCACCUCCUUCGCUAGAAUGGAGAAAAGAUGACAAACCACUUGGGCUAGAGAAAACACUUUUGUGGAAGUAUAUUUUCCAAGAAGAUGGAGCUUUGUUGAUAAGAAAUCUUAGUAGUCAAGACGUUGGGGUAUAUGAAUGCAAAUUCAAACAAAAUACAGGAGAGAUUAUCGACCACGAACGGAUAAAUAUACAAUUGCAUCUGUAUGAGAARCCCCAUACGACUACCAUUCUGAACCCGAAUCGUACAGUAGUAAACGGUAAGUCAGUGUCCCUGACAUGCUCCGCUAAGGGCCGUCCAGAACCAAACAUCAMGUGGUAUAUGAAUAACACAGCCAUCCCAAAUCAUAAAUACCCCAAACAACCAUCAUCUGGUGACCAAUCCGUCGUGACGCUAAACAUCCAAUAUGUAACCAAYGGGGAUUAUGGGAGAUACACUUGCACGGCUCGAAAUGAUGCUGGCUUUGAAUCGGCAUUUGCGUGGAUUACAGCUGACGUGACAGGUGAUGUAGACCYUCCAAAAAAUCAGAGCAACAGUGAGAACAACGAAAAUAACCUCACCACCAAGUGGCUUUUGUUUGUUGUUUUCUUCGUUUGUCUGUUUAUCAUUGGUGCUCUAGGCUUGGUCGUAUGGAUUAUUCGCAGGAAACGAAGAAAGGAUACUUGCACGGCGACGAUGAGUGAGUUGUUCGUUAUUUCGUCCAAGUCUUGUGAUAUCUGGGAGCUCCCUAAAGGAAGCCUUAGUUUACAGAAGAUAAUUGGGAAAGGAAUGUUUGGAGAAGUGUGGAAAGCAGUGGCUUUAAACAAGAAUAAAAACAAAAAUGGUGGUCUUAAAGAGCAAAUAGUAGCUGUGAAAAAGCCCAAAGAUGACGCCUCCGACAUUCAGAAAGAGAUGCUGAAACAAGAAAUCUCGAUAAACAAAAAUCUGACUGGCAAAAAACACAAAAACAUCGUCAACUUCUUGGGUUGUUUCAUCAGUGAUGACAUGGUAAUGAUGGUCAUGGAGUUCGUUCCGUAUGGCGAUCUUCUUGGAUAUCUACGCGAGAGUCGUGGCAUCAAAGACAAGUUCUAUUAUCAUUGUGAAGAGCUGCCACAGAAACAAGAAAUUUCGCCUUAUGAACUUUUCUCCUUUGCUACACAAAUCGCGUGUGGGAUGUCUUUUCUUGCCAAGAACAAGGURAUUCACCGAGAUCUUGCUGCUCGUAACGUCUUGGUUGGUGAAAACUUGGUUUGCAAAAUCACUGAUUUUGGGUUGGCAAAAGUAAUGCAGGACGGCAAUAGCUACAUGGGAAGUCGAAAAGGUCGUCUGCCAAUCAAAUGGACAGCACCCGAAGUGUUUAUAACCGGCGAUGCCAAUAUAAGUAUUACGUCACAGUGCGAUGUGUGGUCUUAUGGCAUAACAUUGUAUGAGAUUUUCACAAUCGGUGGUGAUCCCUACCCCGGGCUGGGUGAGUGGGAUAUUGUCUGCAAAAUCAAAAGCGACAGGUACAUCAUGCCGAAACCAGAACACAUCAAUGACGAAAUUUACGAUAUAAUGGUAUCAUGCUGGAGGAAAGAUCCCGAAUUAAGACCAAGCUUUGACGAGUUACACAAGGCCCUGACCAAGAUGGUUGAAACAGAUUACUAUCUGGAGCUCGACAUGACCAAAUACCAAAGUCACAUGUACGCCAACAUCGAAAAUAUGGACGAGGAUCCGGUAAUUUAAACCGCGUUCUAGCCAAGAUAAUAUAGAGUUGCCCUCUGCCAAUAGAAAUGGUUUAUUUUUGGGAUAACAAUGAUGUUUCAUUUCACGAGACUGAAUGAUUGAGGUCCUCUUGCUUUCUUAAUCCCUAACGAUUCAGUCAAAGACAUUUCCCAUUUCAGGGGACAAAUAAGCAUAAGUUUUUUGUUCUUUGCUCAUAAGACUGAGGAAAAAACUAGGUCGAGUUGGCCGCCGAGUAUUGUGGGGCUUCUUCAGGGAACAUAUUUCCAAGAUGGCGUCUGUCUAUUUUGUCCCCCAAAACAGCCCCACAAUGCACUGCAUUGCCAAGAUAAUAAAUAUGAUUAAACAAAAGCGAACAAUUGAAAAUGGUUUUUACAAUUUAAAUCGCUAUGGAU